CAAUCCUAGCGAAAGUGCAACAUAAAUUCAGGAAUGUCCACCUUAAAUCGUCCGAAAUCUCCCAGAACUCCCACAUCCGGGAGAACUGAUAAGGAGGAGAGCAUCUGGGACAAAAUCGGUACCCUGGGAAGAAAGAAACGCAUAAAGGAAGUGCAAGAAAUCCAGGAGGAAGGCAAGAUUGCGAUAGACUCACCCGGAAGUCCCAAUGCACCGAUUAUCCCCCCGGAGGAUUACAAUUUGGAGGACAAUGAAUCUCGCUCGAUUAUUCAGCCUGCAUCGUUGCAAAUGCCAAAGGUGAAGGAACUGCUCCAGGUGCUGAUCGACUGGAUCAACGAUGAGCUGGUGGAGGAACGUAUUAUCGUCACCAACAUCGAGGAAGAUUUGUACGACGGGCAGGUACUGCAGAAGCUAUGGGAAAAGCUGUCCAACAACAAACUAAACGUGCCGGAAGUGACACAGUCGGCCGAAGGUCAACGCCAGAAGUUGUCCGUAGUGCUGAACGCUGUAAACCAUACCCUUGGCUAUCACCAUAACACCCCGAAAUGGACAGUGGAAAGUAUACACACGAAAAACAUUGUUUCGAUAUUGCAUUUGCUAGUCGCGCUGGUACGCCACUACCGCGCACCAAUUCGUCUGCCGGACAAUGUCUUCGUAACAGUGGUAAUGGUACAGAAGCUGAACGGGAAGCUCACUAGCCAACGGUUCCAGGAGCAAAUUACUCAAUCGUACGACGAUGUCGGUAUGCGCUGCGAACCGGACGCAUUCGAUACGCUGUUCGAUCACGCCCCGGACAAGCUGAAGGUGGUGCAACGUUCGUUGAUUUCGUUCGUGAACAAACAUCUCCACAAACUAAAUUUUGAAGCAGCCGAUUUGAGCACCGACUUCAAAGAUGGUGUAUUUUUGUGCUUGCUAAUGGGGCUGUUGGGAGGAUUCUUUGUACCGCUGCAUGAUUUUCAUCUAACGCCGAAGGAUGCGGAUCAGAUGACGCACAAUGUGGCGUUCGCGUUCGAGCUGAUGAUGGAUCAGGGUUUGAGACCGAAGGCACGACCCGAAGAUAUUGUGAACAUGGAUUUAAAGUCCACCCUGCGGGUGCUGUACACCCUGUUCACGAAGUAUCGCAACAAUCCUUGAGCAUCGGUGCUAUAACCAAGCACGGAGAGCCGUAAUCAACCCCCUCACUUUUAGACAGCUAACCAAUGUGCCUUCAGUUUUUCUAUUGUAUGUAAUUGCAAACGUAUAUAGAGUAUUAACAUGUAAGUAUGCGAAAUCAACCCUUCGGUAUUGGUGUCUCGGAGAGCUUUAAUUUAUCAUUUCUUUCCAGAGGACAACUAAUUAUAUUUAUACCCAUUGGGUUUCACGGAAGAAGAGGUGCCUUUAACGUGUGUUUUAAUGUUUACAACUUAACUAGUGAUUAAAUCCGUAACAGUCGAUGUUGCUAACGUUUGCAGAUCAAAUAAAAACAAAACAAAAACGUUUGCGAAA